CCCUGAGUGGCUAAGUUUCUUCGCUGCAACACCGCUGGGGACUUUUUUUUGGGCGACUGCGAAAGUGGUCGCGCUCCAACCCUUGUGACUCGCUUUUCUACCCAAUCGUGAAUUCCUGACUCCCUUUCAUCCCGUCGCAACACACCGUCAAAGCUCACCAGCCUGAAAACGUCCGCCACAAUUUCCACGCAGCCUAACCCGGGUAUUCUCAAGGUCGGGUCUGAGGCCUCAUAAUUCCCUUGCCUGGUCCUAUGUGGCCAGGAGACACAGACCGCUGCGCUUAUCCCCAGUCGCGUUGGACGGCCGCCAGCGCCUACGACUUGCGCCACAACAGCACGCAUCAUCAAAACGCAAACAUAUCCCUUCCCUGAAGACGGUCUACAUUCUUACUCUACACAUACACACAAUCCUCACUAUAAUGAACGGCCGACAUCGACGCGCAGAGGUGCCACGAGACCUCCCUCGCGGAGAAGAGUUGCAAGACUACAAGCAAGCAGUAGCUGGACACGAAGGAACCUUGAGCGACCCGAGUGGCUAUUAUUUUAUUAAGCCCUGCACAAAAGCCGAAUACUCGUUCUACGAAUCGGCGCGAUGCCACCCCGACUUCUUCAACAUUAUGCCCGAGUUUCACGGCGAUGUAAAGCUCACAUUACCAGACCAGCUGCCUGCUGGUAUCUCAGGCGCAAUAUCCGCUGAUGGCGAGCUUAAAACCGACGCAAAAGAGAUUGAAAAGACGAUUGCACAACAAGUCUCCGCGGUCUUGGAGCAAACAACGCAAGCACCGAUAGAAGAAUGGGUACCGGGAAAGAAUAGAAAAAUCAAGGCCGACACAAAUCUGGCACUGAAAAAUCAGGCUUUUGGCUUCAAAAAGCCAAACAUCCUCGACGCAAAACUAGGCAAACAGCUGUGUGGUGAUUACGCCCCGCCAGCCAAGAUUGCCAAGAUGCAGGCUACAUCAGACCGAACAACACAUAGAACACAUGGGUUUCGCAUUGCUGGUAUGAGGGUAUACCACGGCGGAGAUGACGAGAGCGAAUGGGACGAAGAUGGCUACCAGGUAUACGGCAAGGCGUUUGGAGAAGAAACCAUUGGCUCACACAACAUUGUUGAUGGCCUACGCAGCUUCAUCUUCAACGAAAAGGCCGGCAUCGACGAAGAGCUCGGUAAGGCCGUCUGCGCAGCAUUUAUCAGAGAACUUGAGGAAAUAGAGCACGUUCUGGAAACGCACGAAAUCCGCAUGUUCUCCUCGUCGCUGCUGUUUGUCUUUGAAGGCGACGGCGAUGCUCUGUUGGAUGCCAUUGAACAGAACAACGAGAUGGUUGAGCAACAUGAGUUCCGAGAGAAGCGAAGCCGUACUCCGCUGCGCAUGGAUAGCGGGAUCGCCAUGGACGAUGACGAAUCUGACGGCGACGAGUUUGACGACGAGGGCCUGCCUCCAAUCUUUAACCUGAAGCUUAUUGACUUUGCGCACGCCACCUGGACACCGGGUGAGAAAUGCGACGAGAACAUUCUGAUGGGUGUUCGGUCCUUGAAAAAGUUAUUUACAGAAAUGGCCGAAUAAGAAGACGGCACAGAACAAUUUUCAUGAUUAAUGAUCAAGUUAGAACCGGGCGAAGGAUGCCCGCUGUAACAUAUACCCUUUGCUUCUUGGAGUCUUUUGUUUGGGCCAACAUGGAGCCUAUAUAGACAUCGAAUGGAGUUUUUUUUUCAUCUGCUGUAAACGUUCGUAUAUUUAGCCGAUACAAUCGUCCUUGCCCUCCGUUACAAAGUUCAAUACCGUAAAAUAUUCAAUUUUCUUGCACACAAAUUCCUAUUAUUCUAUCUGCCUGUUCACGGUGACAACGCUACUUGCU